AUAUAUUUUACCAAUUCGUAUAACUGAUCAUUCAGAUAGUGUAUGGGUGAAUUGUUUUGAUGAAACAGCUGCUUUAAUUCUGGGCAUGCCUGCUGAUGAUUUCCGUAAACUUAGAGAUGUUGAUCCUUAUGGUUAUGAAAAUCAUAUAAAAAAUCAAUUGUGGGAGUCUUACAUAUUUAAAGUUUGUACUCAGCUAAAAACUUUUAAUGAGAAGACUGUUGUAAACAAUAACUUGGUGGCUAUUUCAGAAAUUGAUUAUGUAGCUGAGACUAAUCAUUUAUGUGAAAAAAUAAAUGAAUUAGAAAAAUU